AUGAAGCCCCGGGCGCGGAGUGCUUUGCAGGACGAACGCGUCGGCGCCCUCUUCUCGGCGAUUGCCUCGGCACCGCAGAAGCGAGAGCAGCCGCUUCCCGACAUGGACUGGGCGGGCUUCUACGAUAGAAAAAGCGGCAGUAGUGGGCGCAGCCGCAGAAGCUCCACCUUUGUGGGCCCCAUGGAGGCACGGCAGCUCCCUGGUCGAGGCAUCGGCUUGGUCACGAGCCGGGAAGUCCGGGCGGGUGAGCUGCUGCUAUUGGAGGACGCCUGGGCCACGUCAGCAACGAAAGGGGCCGCAUCUAUCGUGGCAAUCGCAGAGCUCGCAGAGGCUUGCGUGAAGAAGUUGGGAAGUGCAGGGGAGGCCGAGCGCGCCCUGUUUUGGUGUCUCCACGGUACAAAUCAGGUCGGGGCGGUAGGCGAAGAGGGUUGGCAGAGUCCAAAUCUCCGGCUCAAGAUCUUCGAGCAGUAUUUGCAUCGGCUAGGCCAGUCAGGCAACGAAGCAGGACGCGAGGAUGGUCCAUCGUUGCCUGCUUGGCCACGCCAGCUGCAAAGCGCGGUUUCUGCCAUCGUGGCCUCGAACAGUCGAAGAUCGGAAGCAUGGAAUUCUUUGACAUUGCUACUGGAUGAAACGCAAGCACUCGGUGGACUCUGGUUCGUGGCAUCGUUAUUUAAUCAUUCUUGUUGUGCAAACGUCACUCUCAGCUAUUCGUUGUGGGAGGACGGUAUCACAUUGGUAGCUCGUGCCGCCGUCGACUUGGCACAAGGUGAGGAGCUGGUGGACACCUAUGUCUACCCUCUCGAGACAGUGGACGAGAGGAGAAAUAGACUGCACCGGACUUACGGCUUUUUGUGUAUGUGCAAGCGGUGCUCAGUGGAGGCUCCGCUGGCCGCGGAAGCUGGCAAGGUCGCCGACUUGCUCGAGGCAGAGUUGCAAACAUUCUCCUCGUUGAGAGGGCGGAGAGCUAAACCCAGCGAAGUGGGGGAGGUUGUCAGGAAGAUUCGACAAGUCUUGGAUCGAGUGUUCGCAACCGCGAAGCAGCUUCCGCCAAGCUCGCAGCCGCUUUGGAGGGCGCAAUUUGUGUGGGGCCUUCAUGGUCUUGCCAUGGCUGCGCAGGACGCCGGCUUCUUUCAAGAAGCGGUCGAUGCAUUUCAGACGUGUAUUGAGCUGGCAGCUCUCAUCGCCCCAAGUUCGGAGUACGAGCUGAAGUACCACAUGAUGCUGGUUCAGUGUAUGGCAAGGCGGACGCUAUCAUCUCCCCCAUCUGCCCUGCGCAAUGACACGCCAACUUCGAUGAAGGAGGCUCUACGACGGGCGGAAGAAGCUCAUAAUCGCCACUACGGAGGAGGAGGUCGCCAUUUCCUGAGUCGCAUGCAGAGGAGGCUAGAAGACUUCUAUGCUGCGCUCCGUCACUGUGGAAAGCGAUAA